GACGUCUUACAAUGUACUGGUUUCUAGGUAAAAACUGAUAACACACGUCGUCAUGUUUAUUCAAUCAUAGUCUUUAGUUGAGUUAAAAAUACCGAUAAGUUGAAAAUCAGCAUAAUUGUCGUCAAGUAUGUACACAAUUGAGCAAAUAAAAAAACGAGAGAUAACAACACUAGAGACUAGAGACGAUAGAGGUCAGAGACACUGUACCGCAAGAAGAGAUCAGUGAAAAUCAAUUAAGAUCAACCCUAAGGAACGGCGGUAAUUCGUGACAAUGGCUGUAUCAAAAGCUGUAGACAUUGUUUACGAUCUGGUUGGAGCUUAUUUUUAUAGUCUUCAUUCAACUCCGCUGAAAACGAAGGCUCUUACGAGUUGCUGCAUUGCAACUUUGGGUAAUUAUGUAUCACAGAAAUUAUCCGGAGGGAAGCACCUCAAUCAAGAUAGUCUAAUUGCAUUCGCAUUAUUCGGCUUCAUUUUUGGCGGUCCAGCGCCUCAUUUCUUUUACCAGCAUGUCCACAAGUUAACAAAGCAUUCGCUUGGGAUUCUCCUGAUAGAGAGACUUUUGUAUACACCGUGUUUCCAGGUCUUGUCAUUGUACAUGCUCGCACGAUUUGAGGGAAAAACUCACGAAACAUCCUACUCUCAGUUGGCGAAGUUAUACUUGCCUGUUCUGACGGCAAACUUGAAGUACUUAACACUGUUCCAAUUUAUCAACAUCACAUUCGUCCCACCAAUGCUACGUGUGCUGGUGGUAAAUCUGAUCGGAUUCUUCUGGUCGAUAUACUUGGCCAAUAAGAGAGCAAAGCAAGCAGCGAUGGACCGAGCGCGCAAGGAUUAAGAAUUGGUCGAGUGACGAUGAUUUAUAAAUAAUAUUUUUUAUACACUCUUGUAAAUUCCAUGUAUGUACUCCAAUAAGAUAUGACAUUUGAUACGUUGAUUAUGUCAUCUCCGCCUGCGGUCUUAUUAAGACUUAGAAUAAUCUGUUAUAGCUCGCUAAUGGCAGUUAUAUUUUGCUCAAUUAUAUUUGUUAUCUGUACAAUAAUAUGAUCUGUGUAGUUAUAGAGUGUGUAAAAUGAUUCAGGGCACAAACUAAUUUCGAAAUGAGAAAUGAUAAUAUUAAUUGUUAAAUGGUUUUCCUAUUUAAAGUGGUGGCCAAAUUAUAGAAAUAAA